AUGGCCGUCUCAGGAUCGUGGCAUUGCCCGAGGGGUUCGCCACACCAUUACACCCAGCCUCGACCCCACCCUCAAACCUACACCCAAGCUCCAUAUAAUCCACCCCAACACUACUUUCCGCCACCAGACCCUCAGUAUUCAGUCAUACCACCCCAAUACCACGUCCACCGCGCACAGUCAUAUGCUCAACCCCCUCCAUACCCGCAAUGGCAUGCACCAGCUCCACAAAAUCCUUACCCACCUCCACAAACAUAUCGAAACCCUAAUGGUCCAAGCUUUCGACCCAGGCUGGAGUAUAGAAAGGAAAGGCAGCAGCGGAAGCAAACUUUCACCCCGCUUGGGGAGUAUGCCAGGCACGACACAAAAAAGUGUUGGCAUUUGAAGAGCGCCAUCCAAGAGCUUAUCGAUACAAACCAAAUUGUGGUCCAGAGCCCGGAAGCUCCAAACAUCAAUCAAAAUCCAUUGCCAGCCCAUGCUGAAAUGCACAUGAUUGAGAUAGUGUAUAAGGAUGGGGAGCCUAAGAAGCCUUCGUAG